AUUAAGGUUUUCUUGAGAAUGACUUUAGGUUCAUUUAUUCUCAUUUCCUUGCUUGUGGUACAAUCUACAAAGAUGAAUUCAUUUACACCAGUUUUAAUGUUGAUAUGCAUUCUACAUUAUUGGAUUUAUAAUGCUGAUGCCAGAGCAUUAGGUCCAAAGGCUCCAUUUGUGGCAUCCGGUCAGUCUGUUGAUGUUGACGUCUAUCUCGAUGUCGACGACGAUGACGGUACUGAUCAUGGACGAGAUGCCUUGACUAAGUAUAUAAGACAGGGACAACACCCGAAGGAGGAAAGAGUCAAUGGAGCGCGGAAACUACAUAAUGAUACCAAGAACAAUGCACUCCAGAAACCAAUCAUCCCUCUUGCACUGAACACCAAACCAGAGAAAACACCUUAAUUGUCUUGGUGUUACAAGGAGACCACUUUCAACAUACACCAAUUCCUAUGGAAACACUUUUAUCAUCUUGUGCUUAACACCAAACCUGAGAAAACACCUUGAUUGUCUUGAUGUUACAAGGAGACCACUUUCAACAUACACUUCAGUUCCCUACCAAUUCCUAUGGAAACACUUUUUUCAUCUUGCACUUGACACCAAACCAGGGAAAACAUAAUUUUCUUGAUGUUUCAUCAUACACUGCUGCAUUAUUAAUAAUGAUAGCUAUAUUUUAUACAGCACUUUUCCCAAAAUUGGCCAAAGCGCUUUAAAGCAUAUUAUUACCCCGGCUAUCGGAUCCUUGCAUGCCCGCAUUAUCCUCAUCAAAAUCAUAUGGAAACACUUUAAUCGUCUUGGUGCUUCACUGCACACUUUUUACACCUGGUAGUUUCUAUAUUUAGUUCAUCUAGAGCAGCAAUGGCAUUCAUAAUCUUUAAAUACUUGAAUUGAGAUUUUGUUGACUUCAAACAGGCCAUUUACCUGACAACACAACCUUACUGGAAUAGCUGUUUUCACCACAGAUUUGCAUUUUCAGGUCAACAACCACUCAGCCAGUCAGUAUUCUGAAAAUUGUUCUACCUAGUAUCCCAUUUUCAUUCUUACGGCCAUGUAUUGUCAACUACGGUAUUCUUAUACAGGGAUACCAACCUUAUAAAAUAAUUGCAUUAUUCUAAGGGAUACCAUUAUUCAAGCAAAUAUUCUUUAUUGGUUGAAUGCCAGCAUAUUCAGAGCCAGCUGCCAAACCUACAUUGUGAAAAAAAACUCCUAUUUUUCUUUGUAAUUUUGAAAAACAUGCCAAAAAUCAUUCUUACAAGUUUCAAAAAUCCCAUUUCUAGGAGGAAAAUAACCGUUUUCGUGUCACUUUCCCCUUAAAAAUCUAAAACUAAUUAAACUAAGAUCCUGCAAACUGGCAGCUCUGCGUACACAGUAAAUAACCCUAGGAUACCUUCUGUGUAGGCAGAAAUAUAUCAGUUUCAGUUUAGUUUAUUUCAUUUCCAUUUUCUGAUAAUAAACAUAACAAACAUAUAUAUACAUAUGUAUAAAUGUACAGAACAAAAUAAGUGUUAUAAGUAUACUUCAAUAAUCAAUUAACAAAUUCGUAGGAAAUAGAUGAAAUGUAUACAAUUUUUGUUCAAGAUACAUUUUGAUGAUUAGACAAAUUAUAGAUUACAGUAAGCAUGUGAAAAUGAAAAUGAGGGACUUAUUAAAAAGCGAAGCUUGUAAUUGUAAGCCCCUUAGGAUAAAUUUGUAGUAAUCUUAAUCGUAUGUAAUUAAAAGUAAAGUAAGACAAUCUAGACCAUAUAUGAAGAACAGCAAAAUAGGUUUGAAUAACAAGGAAAGAAAGGGGGGGCAGUAACUACAUAGGUUAGAGGGAUAAGGGAAUAUUAAAUAACUGGGGGAAAAAACAGAACAAAAAGAAACGAUUAUGUGCCCAGCAGAAAAGGAAAGGGGAGGAGAAAGAGAAAUAGGGUCGAGAGGCAAGUAUCGUGGAAAAGAUAAAGCAGUUCAUGUGUUUCAUACAUUGUACUCAUUAAGGAAUGAGAGUUUUAGGUGUUUUUUGAAGGUGUUUAUAUUUCUAUAUUGUUUAAGGCUUUGGUGAAUACCAUUCCAGUAUUUGGGACCUGUAUAAAUGAUGGUUUUUUGUGCGAGUGUGGUUCUAGUCAGAGGGGGGUGAUAUUGGUGUUGUAUAGCUUGUCUUGUGGGGUAUGUAUGGA